AUGCGUGUGGGUGGCAGACUUGAUCGAGCAUCUUUGACAUACGACAGUAGGCACCAGAUCCUUCUACCGCCCCAUCAUCGCUUUUCUGCGUUACCUGUACAAUGCUAUCAUCAACGAAAUCUUCAUGCGUCUCCACAACUACUCAUCGGACUACUGCGCCUUCGCUAUUGGAUAAUAGGGGCCAGAAAUCUGGCCAAAGUAGUCGUACAUCGCUGCACCAUUUGCUUCCGAGCUCGGCCAAAAUCGGUUGAGCAAUUUAUGGCUGAGCUUCCCAAGGAACGAAUCACAGCCACUCGUCCUUUCACGGUGACGGGGGUUGACUAUUGGGGCCCAAUUAUGCUGAAACAUCCGCAUCGUCGUGCUGCACCCACAAAGGCAUUUGUUGCAGUUUUUAUUUGCUUCUGCACCAAGGCUGUACACAUCGAAUUAGUAUUCGAUUUGACAACAGCCAAGUUUAUACAAGCAUUGCGACGCUUUGUAUCUCGCCGAAGCCCACCGUCGGACAUUUACUCGGAUAACGGACGAAACUUUCUCGGGGCUAAAAACGAACUCAAACGACUCAUCCGUCAGACUGAACAUGCGCAGAAGGUUGAACAGGAGUGCACAGAUUGCCACAUUAGAUGGCACUUCAAUCCGCCCAGAGCAUCCCACUUUGGCGGGCUGUGGGAAUCGGCCAUCAAUUCCGCCCAGAAACACUUUGUCCGCGUCGUACGUGACCAUUCAUUGGUCUUCGAUGACAUGCAGACACUCUUGAACCAAAUAGAAUGCUGCCUUAACUCCCGGCCUCUUGUUCCCGUAAGCGAUGAUCCGACCGACUUCGAGCCACUCACGCCCGGACAUUUCCUCGUUGGGACUUCAUUGAAGGCUGUUCCCGACGAAGAUUUGAGCGAAAUACCGUUCCAUCACUUGAAAAAGUGGCAACAAGUCCAAAAAUUGUUCCAGGAUCUUUGGCGACGAUGGCACCUGGAAUACUUAAAUAAAUUACAACCACGAAGUAAAUGGAUUAACUCACCGGUAACGAUCCGAGAAAACCAGCUGGUUCUUCUGAAGGAGGAAAACAUCUCACCAAUGCGUUGGCCGACAGCAAGAGUGAUCCAAACACAUCCUGGCGGUGACGGAAUCGUCAGAGUGGUGACUCUGAGAACACCCAAAGGCUCCUGCACAAGACCGGUGUCCAAAAUCUGCCUGCUGCCGAUUGCAUCAUCGUCGGAGGAAUCAAAUAAAACAACCGGCGAUGAACAACCAACAUCAGACAAGAUUUCCAGUUAA